CAUUAUGCUGUUGUUCUUGUUCCUAGGUUCUGUGAGAUGGUGAACUCCUUGGCAGAGGAGAAUGCAGUGAAUGUAGUAGAUCCUGCAGUGCGCUCUGAAGGGGUAUUGGAAUAUUCUUAUGAAUAUACCGAGAGCAGAUGUAAGGUGGUCCUGGGGAAGGGGACCUAUGGAGUUGUGUACGCAGGCAGAGAUCUGAGCAACCAAGUGCGCAUCGCUAUCAAAGAGAUCCCUGAGAAGGACAGCAGGUUCUCUGAGGCUCUUCAUGAAGAGAUAUCCUUGCACAAGCGUCUCAAGCACAGGAAUAUAGUCCAAUACCUGGGUUCGGUCAGUGAGAAUGGCUUCAUCAAAAUCUUUAUGGAGGAAGUCCCGGGAGGCAGCCUCUCUUCGCUGUUGAGAUCGAAAUGGGGACCUCUGAAAGACAACGAGGCCACAGUUGUUUACUACACCAAACAGAUCCUGGAGGGACUCAAGUACCUGCAUGAGAACCAGAUUGUUCACAGAGAUAUCAAGGGGGAUAAUGUGCUCAUUAACACCUACAGUGGAGUGCUGAAAAUUUCAGAUUUUGGGACCUCAAAGAGACUGGCGGGAAUCAAUCCGCGCACUGAGACUUUUACAGGGACUCUACAGUACAUGGCACCAGAAAUUAUUGACAAGGGUCCGAGAGGUUACGGGAAGGCUGCUGAUAUCUGGUCUCUGGGCUGCACUAUUAUUGAGAUGGCCACGGGGAAACCUCCCUUCCACGAGCUCGAGAGCCCACAGGCUGCCAUGUUUAAGGUGGGCAUGUUCAAAAUUCACCCCAGGGUCCCAGAGUGCAUGUCCGAGGAGGCCAAGGCUUUCAUUGAGAGGUGUUUCGAACCCGACCCCGACCAGAGAGCCACGUCCGCUGAGCUGCUGCAGGACCCCUUCCUGAGGAAGCCCGCCAGGAGGAAAACCAGGACCCCCAGCCAGCCCCCCCUGAGCGACAAGGUCCUGCCAGGUGACUAUCACCGAAGCAUGUCGGUCCCGGUUCAGGACUCCAGCGGCUCUGUGAAGUGUGAUCGGACCUCCUCUUUAGACUCCAGGAAGCCCAUACCGGUCCUGCAGAGGAGUAAUACCAACUCUGGUACCAUCGGGAAGAUGACAAAGCAAGGUCUCCUUGGAAGCGUGCUGGAGGAGUCUCUUUAUGACUUCAGCAGCCCUUCGUCUCCAGAGGAGAGCGCUGGCUUUUUCAUGCUGAGGAAGGACAGCGAGCGCCGGGCGACCCUGCACAAGAUCCUCACUGACCACGAGAACACUGUGGUCAACAACAUACUGGAGAUCCAGACUGAGAAUACAGAAGAGGCUGAAUUUACUGCUGAACACAUCGGUAUGCUGGUGUCCUCUCUGAGGGAGCACAUCCACACUCCCAACAGGAAGAACCUCACGAACAGUCUGGUCAAGCUCCGGGCGAAGCUCCACUCGGAUGCAGUUCCUGUCAGCCACCUGCAGGAGGUGCUGUUCAGCUUCCAAGACGCUGUGAAGACGGUCCUGAGGCAGCAGAGAAUCAGACCCCACUGGAUGUUUGCUCUGGUUAACCUGUUAAGACAGGCGGUUCAGGAAGCCAUUACCAUCCUCAUCCCAGAGCUCAAGGUGCAGGCACAGUCCUCGUUCGAGGCUGAAUUCCAGGAGUCAACGGCUCGGGGCGAGUGUGUAGCUGUGGAGAGAGAGGGGUCGCCCCCUGUGAAGGACCAGGAUGUUGAGACGUCUGGCGUGAGCACGCUCAGUUCAUGUGCGCUGAGUGAGUUCCUGCAGGACCCCUGCCCACUGAUCCUGCAGCUGAAAGAGCUCAGAGUGGAGACAGGCAGGCUGCUGACUCAGCUCGCUGAGAAGGAAAAGGAGUAUCAUGAACUGCUGCGGGACACUGUCAGGAGGAGAGAGGAGGACAUUGAGCUUCUCACAGAUAUCCCCUCUGCCUCCCUGUACCACUGGAAGACAACCCAAGGAGACUCGGAGCGCUCCACCCUGACGCAGUGGCUGCAGCACACAGGUGCCGAUGGGGACACGAUCAACAGAUUACUUGCAGCUGACUUUACUCUUCAGGAUCUACUUUCUAUCGCUACAAGGGAUGACCUGAAAUAUUGUGGGAUAAGGGGCGGUAUGCUUUGUCGACUGUGGACAGCAAUAACAAGGCACAGAAAUACCCCUGGAUGGCACAGCACUGGAUUUGAAAACACUGUGCAGUGCAGCAGUGACUAGAAAUCAUGACAUGGUUGAUGAAACCUUGCAUUGGACUUGCCUCAAAUUGAGGAUCUGCAAAGCUACUAGCUGGUCCCAGACUGGUCAGAGGGACAGACUAGAAUGCGGUUAUUUUAAACUGAGUCUUUGGGAGACCUGAUGUCUCUAUUAUUAUAUUUUUUCUUAGAUAGAGGUGUUUAAUGAUCUCAUCAGUGAUGGAUCUGACCUCUAUUUCACUGUAUUUUAUUGUAUUUCAGGGAUGGAAAUGAAACUGUUAUUGCAUAGCAGUUUCAUCCAUUCCAGG